AUGGCGUACCAAGGAAUUCUGUUGGGGAUUGGAAAUCCACUUCUUGACAUCUCAGCAGUUGUCGAUAAAGAAUUCUUGCAAAAGUAUGACAUCAAGCUGAAUAAUGCCAUUCUUGCUGAGGAGAAACACGUGCCCAUGUACAUGGACUUUGCUUUCGGAAAUGAGACGGAAGCAAGAACCUUCUCGAGAGUUCAUGGCUGGGAGACUGAAAAUGUUGAGGAGAUAGCUCUAAAGAUUUCCCGAUGGCACAAAGCGUCAAGGACGCAGAAGAGGAUUACAGUUAUCACGCAGGGUCUGGAUUCUGUGGUCGUUGCUGAUGAUGACAAAGUGAAGAAAUUCCCAGUUCUAAAGUUGCCAAAAGAAAAGCUCGUUGAUACAAAUGGAGCUGGGGAUGCAUUUGUUGGAGGCUUUCUGUCACAGUUAGUUCAAGAGAGACCAAUUGAAGAUUGUGUCAGAGCCGGACGCUACGCAGCGAAUGUUGUAAUCCAACGGUCUGGCUGCUCCUUCCCGGAGAAACCCGAUUUCAAAUGA